AUGUGGUCCCUCUCCAGGCCCAUUGCAUGGCUCUACAUUGAGUUCGGCGUCGCCUCUCUCGUCGACACCGGCCGCGAUGCGUGGUUCAUCAUUCUGGCUCGCACCUGUCGCAUGUUCGCUUUCGGGGCCAUUUCUCUCGUGAUUGCCCUCUUCUUCAACUCUCUGGAAUUCUCCGACUUUCAGAUUGGGCUCUUUAUGUCUCUGACUUUGUUCGGGGAUGUUCUUCUCUCGCUCUCCCUGUCUCUGGUGGCUGACCAGAUCGGCCGCCGCCGUAUCCUGUGUGCCGGGGGCGUUCUGAUGGCCGUGUCCGGCGCAAUAUUCACGGUCUCGGAGAAUUUCUGGAUCCUCCUCCCUGCCGCUGUGGUGGGUGUCAUCAGUAUCGCGGGAGGCGAUUGUGGGCCUUUCCGGGCGAUCGAAGAGUCGACACUGUCGCAUCUGACGACCCCGAGAACUCGCUCGGAUGUGCUGUCCUGGUAUGUGACGACGUCCUCGCUUGGGUCUGCACUGGGGACGGAAUUCUCAGGCCGUACGAUUGACUUCUUGUCGAAGGUCGACGGCUGGGAUGUCAUCGAUGCGUACCACGCUAUAUUCUGGCUGUACAUUGUCAUGGGAACGUUGACGGUUAUCCUCACCCUGUCCAUGACGGAUAAGUGUGAACUCUCUGAGCACCCACGGAGCGCUGAGGGCUACGAGAUGCUGUCCAACGGAAGACAGCAAAGGGCAUCUGAUGCAGAUCAGGCAGAAGAAGACGAAGGGCGCGAGGAUUCGGGCCCUCUGCCCCCAUACGAACAAGAGGCGGAGCUCUCGGAGAAGCAGAAGAAAAGCUUGUUUGCUCAGGUCUCGUCCGGGACGCGGACGAUCAUGUACAAGCUAUGGCUUCUGCUAGCCGUUGAUUCCCUCGCGGACGGAAUGGUUUCGUAUUCCCUGACCAACUACUACCUGGACCGGAAAUUCCAUCUGUCAAAAUCCACCCUGGGCGACAUCAUGUCUGCCGGUUACUUCCUCAUGUCCUGCUCUUCGGUAUUCGCAGGUCCCUUGGCUCGACGUCUCGGUCUGAUCAACACCAUGGUCUUCACCCAUCUACCGUCCUCCACGGCAGUCCUGCUCUUUCCAAUCCCCCAGAGCGUUCCCCUGACGGUAAUCUUAUUCUUCAUCCGCACCGGCCUGAACAGCAUGGACCAAGCGCCCCGAACAGCCUUCAUCGCUGCGGUGGUGAAACCCGAGGAGCGCACGGCCGUCAUGGGAAUCACAAGUAUGCUGAGGACAUUGGCGACGACGGUGGGUCCCAGCUUUACUGGUUUACUUGCCGGUCAUGGUCGGUUUUGGAUUGCCUUUGUCGUUGCGGGGGCUUUGAGGAUUAGCUAUGAUCUGGGGUUAUUUACGAUGUUUGUGAACAUGAAGCUGCACACGCAUGAGACGACUGAUGAGGAGAGUCCGGCUUGA